AUGGCUUUCCUUCCUCCUUGGGCCUGUGUACUAGUUGGUUGCUUUUCUGUUUCUUUAGCAGGAGACUCCAGUCUCUCAGACCUGUAUCCCCCUCUGUGGGAGGAGAGUCCUGGUCAGUUCAGUGACUACAGGGUGGAGAAUGGAAAGUACAUUAUUGAUCCCUGGGUAUACCCUGAGAGAAUGGGGAUGUAUAAAAUCCUACUGAACAAGACAGCCAUUGAUUUUGAAAGAUUUGCACCAGAAAAUAAAGACAACAUUUUGUGGGGAUUGCCUCUGCAGCAUGGCUGGCAAUAUAGUACAGACAGAUUAGCUGAUCCCAGCAAAAGGACGGACUGUGGCUAUGAAUCUGGAGAUCGUUUGUUCAUCUCUGUGGAUAGUUGGUGGGCUGAUAUAAAUUACUUCCUAAGUGCAAUACCCUUCCUUGCUGCGGUUGAUUCUGGCAUAAUGGGGAUAUCAUCAGACCAAGUCGUGCUUUUGCCACCACCCAAAGAUCAGACAGAAUUCUGUCUUAAUGUUUCUAGUUGUCGGUCAUCCUUCACUGGGGCAAUGAGAACAUGGAAUGUCUUUUAUCAGCGUUUGCAGUCAUCUUCUCAGAGCUUUUCUAAACUGUUGAAGUACUGAUGGGCUGCACAUGUCUCAUCUUUAGACGAUGCUGAUGGACUUUUUGAAGAUAAGUUAGAAUAUUAUUCUAAACCGGAAGCAGAGUUUGGAAGAAGUUGGGCUGUGGCCGUCGACUAUAUAGCUGCAUCUCGCUUUCCUAUAACCUUGACUAAAGUGUAUCAAUUCCAGGAGGGCCUGCCACCACGACUUCUUGUUAGUGGGGAUAAAGCCCCGUUCAUCAGAGACUUUACUGACUUACAGAACGUAGUCCUGUUUGGUAGAAAUCUUCUUUACAAAAUAAGUGAGUCUACAGUUCUGGGGCAGUGUUCUCAGUCAGUGGGAGUGUUCCUUCACACAGUGAGUAGCAGACUGAAGAUCCUUCCAUUUGUGGUCCUUCCAGGCCCUGACCUCUAUAUUAUCUACAUCUCACCAGCAGAAAUAUAG